CACAGUCAAAAGCCUUAUUGCCUUGGCUGGCAAUGUGAAAAUAAACAAUGCCACACUUUAAUACAAGUUGGAGAAUGCAAUGCAGAUAGUAAAGUCUAGGCACAAAGGGGAGACCUUGUGGUCUUUUCCGGUGCAUAUUUCUGGAACAGACUCCUUCCAAAUUCUUCAUCAGCUUCUUCCUAAGGCAGACUGGAUUCCUUUUUCCUGUUGCUGGUGAAUAAUUUAACUUCCCCUUUUCCUUCCCACUUCCCACCCUGUCCCUUCUUGGCCAAAUGACUGCCCUAGAAUCCAGUUCUUCUUAAGCUAUAUCCACGUACAUUUUAACAUGUGACCAGGAGGAGUGUGUGAUAGGGGGAUGUCCCCCAGCUUUAAGCCAUGACACGUGUCUUUUCCUUUCUGCAAACUUGGACACAAGUGAGUUUCAUCCAAGAAUGUGAGGGGAAGGAAGGGAGCCAUAGCACUCGAUGCAUGACUUGCCUACUUUGUUAAUUACAGAAUCUAGAAUUGCAUUUCUACUUAAGGCUUUUCAGAGUACUGAGUCAAACUAAAAGUCCAAGUUCCUGUGCAUUAGGCCUAUUUGUUGCCUUGCUCCAAGGAUUGAGUGGAUUUCAGUCACCUUGUUGGGUUGGAAAGAAUUGCUUUUAAGACACUUGUUGGCACAGAGAUGGUACAGUGGACAUCUAGAAGCUGCUACCCAGCUGGUUGGGGGUGAUGCUUAUUGGCCCACUGCACCAUACCUCAGAAACCUGAAGAUUAAAAGAGCAAGAAACAGGUGCCUUGUCUGGUGGUUUAUGGUCAACAGGAGACGUUUUGGACACAUGAAUUUUGAUGGUACAAGGAGUACAUGCUGCUUGGUUUCUAAUUCUAUUCCAGGUAUCCAUAAGCUUAAGCUUGCUACCACUAAUAUUUUUACUUGUAUAGUUUUGAAGGCUUCACAUGUUUUCUCUUCUUCAGUCUCUCCUGACUUGAAGAUUUGAUUUUUGCUUUUUCUUAAAGACAGAGCCAAGACACUGAAAUACUUGAGAAGGCUGCUGAAGACUGAGCUCUCCAGGGGUUUUAAAAGUUGCCCUAAUGGCCAUCAGAACAUACCUCCCGAGCUGGGAAGGCUGGAAAGCUGACUGGCUGGGGGAGAUUUAGGUGUCUGUAGGGUAUGUUCAUUUGAGACUUCUCCACCGGAAAUCACCUGGUAUCACUAAGUCUCCACUAAAGCCAGGGUUUGCUGCCUGAUUUCUUGCCAUGUCGAACGAAGUAGAGACGAGUACAACCAACGGUCAUCCUGACCAACAGGCUGCACCAAAAGCCCCAUCAAAGAAGGAAAAGAAGAAAGGCUCUGAAAAGACAGAUGAGUAUCUCUUGGCCAGGUUUAAAGGUGAUGGUGUGAAAUACAAGGCCAAGCUAAUUGGCAUUGAUGAUGUGCCAGAUGCAAGAGGGGAUAAAAUGAGCCAAGAUUCUAUGAUGAAACUAAAGGGAAUGGCGGCAGCUGCUCGGUCUCAAGGACAGCACAAACAAAAGCUCUGGGUCAACAUUUCGCUAUCCGGGAUAAAAUUAAUUGAUGAGAAAACUGGGGUAAUAGAACAUGAACAUCCAGUGAAUAAAAUUUCUUUCAUUGCUCGUGAUGUGACAGACAACCGGGCAUUUGGUUAUGUAUGUGGAGGAGAAGGCCAACACCAGUUUUUUGCCAUAAAAACAGGGCAGCAGGCUGAGCCAUUGGUCGUUGAUCUUAAAGAUCUCUUUCAAGUUAUCUACAAUGUAAAGAAAAAAGAAGAAGAAAAGAAAAAGACUGAAGAAGCCAACAAAGCAGUAGAGAAUGGCAGUGAGAACCUCCUGACUCUUGAUGACCAAACUACCAAAUUGAAAUUGGGUAUUGACCAGAUGGAUUUGUUUGGGGACAUGUCUACACCUCCUGACCUAAAUAGUCCAACAGAAAGCAAAGAUAUCCUGUUAGUGGAUCUAAACUCUGAAAUCGACACCAAUCAGAAUUCUUUAAGAGAAAAUCCGUUCUUAACAAAUGGCACCGCCUCCUGCUCUCUUCCUCGACCGAAGCCUCAGGCAUCCUUCUUGCCUGAAAAUGCUUUUUCUACCAAUCUCAACUUCUUUCCCACCCCUAAUCCUGAUCCUUUCCGUGACGAUCCUUUCACACAACCAGACCAAUCGGCACCUUCUUCGUUUGAUUCUCUCAAAUCUCCAGAUCAGAAGAAAGAGAAUUUGAGUAGCUUGUCUACUCCACUGAGUAAUGGGCCCCUGAAUGGUGAUGUUGAUUAUUUUGGUCAGCAAUUUGACCAAAUCUCUAACCGGACUGGAAAACAGGAGGCUCAGGCAGGCUCGUGGCCCUUUUCGAGUACGCAGACACAGCCAGCAGUGAGAACUCAGAAUGGGGUAUCUGAAGGAGAACAGAAUGGCUUUCAUAUCAAAUCUUCCCCCAACCCUUUUGUGGGAAGCCCUCCAAAAGGACUGUCAGUACCGAAUGGCAUAAAGCAGGACUUGGAAAGCUCUGUCCAGUCCUCACCACAUGACUCCAUAGCCAUUAUCCCACCUCCUCAAAAUACCAAACCAGGAAGAGGCAGAAGGACUGCUAAGUCUUCAGCCAGUGACUUGCUCCCAUCAGACCUCUUUGCUCCUCCUGUCUCAGAAUCUCCAGGCCAGAUGUCACCUACAGGACAACCUGCAACCCAACAGACCAACCCUCUGGAUCUCUUCAAAACAAGUGUUUCUGUCCCAGUAGGGCCCCUUACGGGUCUAGGUGGUGUACCAGUUACACCCCCUCAGGCAGGACCAUGGAACCCCCCACCAUCCUUAGUCUUCAAUCAGUCCCCUUCAGUGGUCCCAGGAGCUAUUGUGGGUGGUCAACCUUCAGGAUUUGGUCAGUCGCUUAUUUUUGGCACAAGACCAGCUGUUCCAGGUUGGAACCAGCCUUCAUCCUUUGCAACCUCAACCUCCCCUCCAGCCUCUGCUGUUUGGGGCCCUUUAGCAUCUGUGGCAGUUAACGCUUGGCCCUCAACAACCUCCUUAGGGAAUCCUUUUCAGAGCAAUGUCUUUCCAGCUCCUGUGCCAGCCCAAUCCUCUUCUAUGCUCCCUUCUCUUCUGGUCGCUCCUCCUCAGCCACCUCCUAGAACUGCUGCUGCCCAGGACAUCUCCAAAGAUGCCUUCACUGCCUUAGACCCACUAGGGGAUAAAGACGUUAAGGAAGUAAAAGAAAUGUUUAAGGACUUACAACUGCGGCAGCCACCUGUACCUGCAAGGAAGGGAGAACAGUCUUCCUCUGGGACUUCCAGUGCUUUCUCCAGUUAUUUUCACAGCAAAGUUGGCAUUCCUCAAGAUAAUGCAGACCAUGAUGACUUUGAUGCUAAUCAAUUGUUGAGCAAAAUCAAUGAACCACCAAAGCCAGCUCCAAGACAAGGUGCCCUGCCAGUUACCAAAUCUGCUGACAAUGCAUUUGAGAACCCUUUCUCUAAAGGUUCUUUCAGUUCUUCACCACAAAUCCCUGUGGCUCCUCAACCCACAGCUCCUAAUGUAUAUAGGGAUCCUUUUGGAAAUCCAUUUGCAUAACUUCUGAACUUGGUAUGCUGACGAUCCAGAGGAACAAAAAGGUUGGCUUUUUUAGCAGUCAAGGACAAAGCUAAUAGCCAGAUGCGUCCUGACCUCUGCCCUUGUUCCAGCUUUGACAUAUUAUCUGUUGCCUUAUUUCUUGCUGCCUCUUGGACCUGUAAAAUGCCUUUCACUUCCUGUCUAGGUUAAAGCUAAACUGAGUCUGUGGCUUUAAAUAAAUUCAGAAGCUCAACUCUCUAGCUUAAAUGUAAAUGCAGUAGUUUCCAUACUUGAGCCCUUGCCUAUUGUGUCCGUAGAACCUUCUAGAACACUCUACCAUGUACCCUCUGAUUGGGAGAUGCAGCCACUACAAACCCCUCAGAUCAUACUGUUUUGAAUAAAUUUUCAAAUCUUUACCAUUCAAAGUUGUUUGGGGUUGUGUUUUAGGGCUUAAAACCUAAAGAUUGUAGUAGAACGAACAGAACACCUCUUACAUCUCGCUUCAGAUCAUCACAGAGAACUUUUAAAGUAAAACUGAAGCAAGUCUAACUUCUCCUUAGGCACUUUGGAAUUAACAGAUGUGGCUUCUCCUCUUUCCAAAGCUCAGUUUUCUCCAUAAGGCAAGAGCAUCCUUUUUCCAAUCUCUUGCUAGCUAUUACAAAUGAGGGAAAAGCAGGUGACUGUUCUCUCCUUCUGAUUCUCUUUUCAGUCAACUUUGCUCCUGGGUUCCUACAGCAUUACCUCCCUUUCACACACAACAGGGUUUUAGGGGGAAAAACCGAUCUGGAGCCUCUCUACCUUUUCAUUAAUUAGAAUUGCAAAUGGACACAACCUUAAUUCUUCCUAUGGAAUUGAAGGUCAUUCUCUUGAGCUGAAGUUCUAGAAGAGCAGAUAAUGUUGAUGAGAAACUGAAAUCACCCCAUCAAUAAAGGACUGUAUUCUGAAGAGCAGCCCGUCACAAAGCUAAAUGUGAUCGUGCCAAACAUACUAGGUGCUUAUUUUGGGUCAUAGUAGCCCUUUAUCAAGUAACUGGAAAAUUUUCUUGAAGCCGCGGUCUCAUAGGUAGUAGGAAGAUAAGUGAAAAAUGAUACAAGUGUUUUUUGUCACUUAAAAUCUAACGUCUACAGUAUUUUUCCCCUCCUAAAUGUGGAAACUUUCCUAGUUCAUUUUCAGUUCUAUUGUUAGCACAGUUCUAAAGAGUAUGUUCUUGCCAAAAUAAUUAUUUUUUAAUAUUGGGUUUUUAAAUAUUGUCUCUCAGACCUUAAUGCUCAGGUUCUUGUGGGUGUUAAUCAGCCACAUAUAAUGUUACUUUUAGGUGGAAGAAGAAAGUGACUGCUAAGGAUCUAAACAAGAUGGUGACCUCAUGAACCUCUAUUGAUUAGCUCAAAAUAGUCUACGCUAAAUUCCUGUGGUUAUAUGUCUAAUGGUAAGAGCUGAACAUAUGGCAUUAUUUUCCAUCUGGCUUCCUACUUAGUCAUUGUAAACACAGACUUCACAUAGCAUUUUAAAUGUCCAAAUAUUGAAUGUGCUAAACUGGAGGCAACUAUUUCUAGGGAGUUGCAUUUUUGAAAGUGAUGUUCAGCCACACAGUUGUUUUAUACGUACUUAUUUUCUCUUGUGCACUUUUCUGUAUGCAAAUAAAGCUAUAAAUUUACUCAUUUUAAUAAACUGGAAUGGCAGAA